GUUGUAAUGCUGAAUAGCUGACGUUCACAAAACGUCAAAGUAAUGUGCGAAAUGUCAACCCUUUUCUCUUUCUCUAUAUCCGGUCAGCCAUAAGACCUCCACCAAAAUGAGGAAAAUUAUGAAACAAGGUAAAAUCGUAAUCGUCCUUAGUGGACGUUACGCCGGUCGUAAGGCCAUCAUUGUAAAGACAUCGGAUGACGGCACACCGGAGAAACCAUUCGGACAGGCGCUUGUCGCCGGCAUCGACCGUUAUCCACGUAAGGUGACCAAGAAGAUGGGCAAGAACAAGUUGAAGAAGAAGUCCAAAAUCAAGCCUUUCCUGAAGGUACUGAACUACAAUCACCUAAUGCCCACCCGUUAUGCUGUGCAUGAUAUCUCAUUUGAGAAAUUGUCGCCCAAGGAUCUUAAAGAUCCCGUCAAAAAGAAGACACAUCGCUUCCAAACACGCGUUAAGUUCGAAUCUACCUACAAAGAGGGCAAGAACAAGUGGUUCUUCCAAAAGCUGCGUUUCUAAGCCAUCACCUAUGGAUUAUUUGAUUCGUAGUUAAGUCCCCUUAAUUUUUAUACAUUUAAAAACAUAAUUUUAUAUGUUUUAAUUGUGUGGAGAAGAGCAACAAUGAUGUAGGUGUUAGUGUUGGAAUGCAAUCAAAAACAGUCUUAAAUAAAGUAAUUAAAAAAAGA